AUGGUCAUCGAGACGUGCGAGCACAAACAUAGCGGCAUUACUGUUGCCAGCGCAUGCCGUGGCUGGUGCAGCGAACUCAUCGCCUUGACGCGGCUCGGAGUCCGCCACACGUGCUGCUUCGCGUGCGACAUCUGCCGUAAAGCCAAGGCUUUGAGCACCCGUACGUACCAGCACCACAAAUGGUUUGACAAUGUGAUGGAUGAGAGCUUCUUGCGAGCCCCGACAGUCGACUUUUUCUUCAGCGGCUUUCCUUGCCAAAGCUUUAGUACUGCCGGGUUGGGCAAAGGCAUUGCCGACUUGCGGGGCAUCGUAGUUUUCUACGUUCUUCACUACAUCUACCGCGCCAAGCCAAAGUGUUUUUUGCUGGAGAAUGUUGAGGGGCUGCUCACAAACCACAAGCCCAUCCUAGUGCUGAUCUUGGAGGUCAUUAUGGAAAUGAAAGAUGCAGCUGGCCAGCGGCUGUACAACGUGUCCUGGAAAGCGUUGGACACCAGCCAAUACAGCGGCUUGCCGCACCAUCGCGUCCGGGUCUUCAUUGCCGGCGUCCUGGCCAAGUCGCAGAAAUCAGACAUGAAAUGGCCAGACCCCAUCCCCAUGCGCCCGCUGAACGACUUCUUGGAAAAGAAACAGCCCGAAGUUGCCUUGAACAGUUUGGCUCCAGGGUACUACAACCAUGUGAAAACGGCACUUACAAGGAUCAUCAACCAGGGAGACGACCCUUUCAAGAACCAGUACGUUGUGGACAUAUCAUGCAGUCAGAAGCGGCAGGCUCAUUUCAUGAAAGGAGUGUCACCUUGCCUGACCAAAAACCGUGCAGCGUCCAAAGGGCAUUGGCUGACAAAAGAGUCACGUUGGAUGACCUUAUGGGUGUGUCACAGUCGGAUUUUCCGCACGGGGUCGUUUCAGCUGCUGCCCUGGGCGGAAUAG